AGAGGGCAGGGAAUGCCGUAGAAGGAAAGGGAAAAAGGAGUACAGCAGCCACAAAAAGCUAAGAUGAUAAAAAGAGAACUCUAUACAAAGACCAUGGCAGAAAGAAUUGCGAGCGAAAGAAGUCUCGCCUUUACGAGGGACCAACUAAACAGUUUAUUCUCUUGUGAUCGUUUUGUCUGCUUCCCCCCAUUCUAUUACUCUCUUCCCUUACCUCUUACAUUGGCUCCCGCCUCUGCAUGUAUAUAUAUUUAUGUGCUACUAACAGAUUGGCAGUAGAAAUUCCAACUUUUGUUUUCUCCACCGAGGAAACAAGAAAAACCAAAUUCCAUUCCUUUGGCGUUUACUGCGACUGGAACCGUCAUCUCCACCUCAUACAUUCUUUACCAGAGAGAGAUCAGAGAGAGAUGUGUGGCAAGAGAAUAGACAAUACUGGCGAGAGCUCGCAGAAUAUUCCAGCAUACCCUGAGCUGAUGAUCAACGAUGUGAUCAAUCUCAACCCGGCCAUGGCAUAUGGCGGUGGAGGGCUGUCUUCGGCUCCUGAGGCGGCGUCCUUCUUCCCUUGGACGAUCCCCAUCAACCCCCUUCCUAGCAUCUCGGGGAUUCCAACGACGAGGGAGAACGAGAAUUACCUGGGCGGUAUGGCUGGAACGAGGCCUUCUGCUUCCCCCUCCCCCUUGUUUCAAGGGUAUCAGCGUCGCGGACUGCAGUUCGGCUUCGACCGACCGGAUUUCUUCUCCAGUAUCGGGAUUUAUGGCGGAUCUGACCACACGGGCAGCCGCUUUCGUGGGCCGUCGGCCUCGUUCGGCCUUCAGGCCGACAUAUCGAAGCUUACUGCCCAGGAAAUCAUGGACGCCAAGGCCCUUGCAGCGUCCAAAAACCACAGCGAGGCCGAACGAAGAAGGCGUGGCCGCAUCAACGGACACCUUGAGAGACUCCGAACCCUCCUCCCCAAUACCACCAAAACGGACAAGGCCUCCUUGCUGGCGGAGGUGAUACAGCACGUUAAGGAAUUGAAACGGCAGACGUCGGAGAUCGCUGAGGCGAGCCCUGUGCCUACCGAGGUCGAUGAGUUGACGGUGGAUCCCGACGAGUCGUGUGGGGAAGGCAAGCUGAUCAUCAAAGCGUCGAUCUGUUGCGAGGACCGAUCUGAUCUGCUGGCCGACCUUAUCAAGACGCUCAAGUCUCUUCGCCUCCGCACUCUCAAGGCUGAGAUCACGACGCUGGGGGGGCGAGUGAGAAACGUAUUGGUGGUCACCGGCGAGGAGGAAGGCCUAGCCGAUAACAACUCGCCGUCCCAUGGCAGUGGCUGCAACCCUUCGAUAGGGUGCAUUCAGGAGGCGCUCAAGGCGGUGAUGGAACGGCAGGCUUCUGAUGACUCCUCUUCAGGCAGCGUUAAGCGGCAGCGGACCAACCUCACAGUGCUGGAGAAUAGGUCCAUCUGAACUGAAUAUAGGUGGAAAAGGGAGAGAGAAAAAUGGAAAAUCUGUCUCCCUUUUCUUGUUUUUCAAAGUUGGUCUGUUAUACUUUUGGAUUUGACUAUGUUUGGUAUCUUUGUUUCCUUCUCUCUGUCUUCCUGUUUUUAAUGUAUGUGAUGUUCAUGAUGGUUGGAAUGACAUGACAGAAGAAUAUGUUGAUGUUUAUAUCUAGUCUACAAGGUUUAUUGUUGCAUGUAUUUAUUAGUACAGUAGGCAAUGGACUUGUCUGAAUAGUUGGAA